UCCUUCUUCUUAAUUACCCAUACACACAACACUCUCUCUACACUAGACAAAACAGGGGAUCGAGACGCCAUGGCCGGCACCGGAGUUUUUACAGACAUCAUCGACGGAGAUAUCUACAAGUACUAUGCUGAUGGAGAAUGGAAGAAAUCAUCCUCUGGAAAAUCCGUCUCCAUUGUCAAUCCAACCACAAGAAAAACCCACUACAGAGUUCAAGCUUGUACUCAAGAAGAAGUGAACAAGGUUAUGGAAUCAGCAAAAAUUGCUCAAAAAUCAUGGGCCAAGACUCCACUAUGGAAAAGAGCAGAGCUUCUUCACAAAGCAGCUGCUAUUCUCAAGGAACACAAAACUCCCAUUGCUGAAUGCUUGGUCAAGGAGAUCGCCAAACCUGCAAAAGAUGCAGUAACUGAGGUUGUGAGAUCUGGAGAUCUUAUUUCUUACACUGCUGAAGAAGGUGUUCGUAUUUUAGGAGAAGGGAAGUUCUUAGUUUCUGAUAGUUUUCCUGGAAAUGAAAGAACCAAGUAUUGUCUUACUUCUAAGAUUCCUCUUGGUGUGAUCUUAGCCAUUCCUCCAUUCAACUACCCAGUCAAUCUAGCAGUUUCCAAAAUCGGGCCAGCCUUAAUCGCAGGAAAUUCUCUGGUUCUAAAACCUCCAACCCAAGGUGCAGUAGCAGCUCUCCAUAUGGUCCAUUGCUUUCACUUAGCAGGAUUUCCAAAAGGUCUAAUCAGUUGCAUAACCGGAAGAGGUUCAGAAAUCGGGGAUUUCCUAACAAUGCAUCCCUUAGUUAACUGCAUAAGCUUCACAGGAGGCGAUACAGGUGUAGCAAUAUCAAAGAAAGCCGGUAUGAUUCCAUUGCAAAUGGAACUUGGUGGAAAAGAUGCAUGUAUCAUACUUGAAGAUGCUGAUAUUGAUUUGGCUGCUUCAAACAUAGUGAAAGGUGGGUUUUCUUACAGCGGUCAAAGAUGUACUGCUGUUAAAGUUGUUCUUGUUAUGGAAUCAGUGGCUGAUGAACUUGUUGAGAAGGUAAAGAGUAAGGUUGGAAAGUUAACAGUUGGGUCGCCGGAGGAAGACUGUGAUAUAACUCCGGUUGUGACUGAAUCCUCGGCUAAUUACAUUGAAGGAUUGGUUUUAGAUGCCAAGGAAAAAGGAGCAACAUUCUGUCAUGAGUAUAAAAGAGAUGGGAAUUUAAUAUGGCCAUUGCUUUUGGAUAAUGUUAAACCUGAUAUGAGAAUUGCUUGGGAAGAACCGUUUGGUCCUGUUGUUCCUGUUAUCAGAAUCAAAUCUGUUGAAGAAGGUAUCCACCAUUGUAAUGCCAGCAAUUUUGGGCUGCAGGGUUGUGUAUUUACCAAGGAUAUAAACAAGGCGAUUCUGAUCAGUGAUGCUAUGGAGACUGGAACUGUUCAGAUCAAUUCGGCUCCUGCUCGUGGGCCUGAUCAUUUCCCAUUCCAGGGUUUGAAGGAUAGUGGGAUUGGAUCGCAGGGAAUCACAAACAGUAUUAAUAUGAUGAUCAAGGUGAAGAGCAUCGUCAUCAACUUGCCGUCUCCUUCAUAUACCAUGGGUUAGUUAAGUUAAUUAUGAACAUGUCCGCCAUUAAUAAAAGCUUUAGUUCAUGAUUUUAACUAUUUUAUCUUGGAUGUUUGAUCAUGACUAAGAGAAUUAAUAAUUUACUUAUUUAUGCAAGAACAUUUUAUUGGCCAUGUAAUCCUUUAUUCGAGAUUUCUCAUUUAGAGUUGUUUGAUCUAUGUUUUUUUUUCAU